AGUGAGACCCGGUUGGAACUUCCUGCAUGAGCCAAUGCGAUAGCUGGAAUCCUGUCACGUGGCCUGCGCCAGAGCUCAGAGCGAGUAGGUUCUCAUAGGUAUUCAGCCGCAGAGAGGCAACGGGCGCGCGCGCAGACGGGACUAUUUUCUCUAAACUUUCUCCGUUUGAAUCUUCGAAAGUUAAAGAAAAUGUUCAACACCAUGCUGAGGGACUUUGAAGACGACCCGUUUUUCUCAGACCCUUUUCACGCUCACAGGGAGCAUGUCCACCGCAUGAUGCGCAGCUUUUCUGAGCCAUUCGGUGCUUCUUUAAUGCCCAGUGUUACGGAUGGGGGGAACCGAGGACGACAUGUGGCAGAUCCUUUCACAUCGUCCUCCCUGGCCCUGAGAAAUGACCACAGGGAUCUGAUGAGGAAUCCUUUUGGGAUGUUUGACAACAUGAUGACCAACAUAAGGAACACGAUGGAGGGAAUGCACAGGAACUUCGACAACCAGUCCACAGAUUCAAACACCCACUCGUUCAGCUCCUCAUCAGUUAUGACAUACUCAAAAGUGGGUGAUGAGCCUCCAAAGGUCUUUCAGGCCACCUCCUCAACACGCCAAGCCCCUGGAGGAAUCAAGGAGACUCGCCGGGCACUGAAAGAUUCUGACAGUGGACUGGAGCAGAUGAGUAUCGGUCACUACAUCCAAGACAGAGCACAUGUCGUUGAGAAGAAGUAUAACAAGAAAACAGGGCAGAAGGAGUUCAACCAAGACUUUCAGAACCUGGAUGAGUCUGAAGCGCAGUGUUUUGAUGAGGAGUGGCAGCAAGAGUUGUCCAAGUUUAAGCCAUCACGCCCCCGGCAAAGUUUAAGGGAACCUCAACCCCGUACUGCUAUCCGGGCAGCGCUUCCUGCUCCUGACCACGGCAAAAGAGACCAACAAAGACAGACAUCUGGGAGUAGAGACAAAGCCCAAGGUUCAGUAAAGACAAAUCCCUAAAAGUA